UGCACCCUCGGCUCCACACCUGGCAGGGUCCCAUCUCACCCCGCAGCGUGCCCCUGCCAUGUGUGGCAGCUGAGCCUGGAGCCCACGCAGGGAAAAAAGGAGACUGAGACUGGGAAGGAGACGUGUUGGUCAUCCUGGCUUAGCAAUGGCAGUGGCAGCCAGAAAAGGCAGGGUGACGGACUCCCUGCUUGCCAGUAGCCCUGUGGCCAUCAUCACCACAGCUGAGCCAGGACUCCUGGGCAGCUGGCUUAGCCGGAUCCCACUACCCAAAUGGGUGCUCAUUGCUGUGGCUGUGGCAGUGGCAGUUCUCCUCCUCCUCUUCCUCAUCUGCAUCGUCAGGUGCUGCUGUUGCAAGAAGAAGCCCAAGAAGAAGGAAAGAGUCAGCUUGCACGCCGUCAGUGGCUCCAGCACAGCCUGCCUUGUCCAGCCUGAGAUUGAAGACCUGGAGCAGGGCGUGGAGCAGAAGGCGCAAGGAAAGCUGCAGUACUCCCUGGAGUACAACUUCCGUGCGCAGGAGCUGAAAGUCGGUGUGAAGCAGGCAGCUGAGCUGAAGGCCAUGGACAGUGGAGGCACAUCUGACCCGUAUGUGAUCAUCUACCUAACGUCUGAUAUGAAGAAGAAGUACGAGACCAAAGUUUACCGCAAGACCCUGAACCCUGUCUUCAAUGAGAGCUUCAUUUUCCAGGUACCCCAGGCAGAGGUGCCUGAAUCUACACUGGUGAUGAAGGUCUAUGACUUCAAUCGCUUCACCAAGCAUGACAUCAUUGGCGAGGUCCGGCUGCCCCUGGCCAGUGUCAGCCUGCAGCAUGUCAUCGAGCAGUGGAGUGACCUGGUGGCGGCCAGUAAAGUGGAGGAAGAGCAGCUGGGUGAGAUCUGCUUCUCGCUGCGCUACGUCCCUAGCACUGGCAAACUAACAGUGCUCAUCCUGGAAGCCAAGAAGCUGAAGCGGAUGGACUCCCAUGGGCUCUCAGAUCCUUUUGUCAAGGUGCAUCUCAUCCUGAACAGGAAGAAAUGGAAGAAGAAAAAGACAAGUGUGAAAAAAAACACCUUAAGCCCUUACUUCAAUGAGGUGUUUGUUUUUGAGGUGCCUUUCAGUCAGAUCCAGAACGUGGAAGUUGUCAUCUCUGUCUGGGAUCAUGAUAAAGUAACCAAGAACGAGCCCAUCGGCAAACUCUUCCUGGGAUGCCGGGCCACGGGCAACCAGCUGCGGCACUGGUCUGACAUGCUCUCCAACCCACGCCGGCCCCUCACCCAGUGGCACAGCCUGCAGCCCCCAGAUGUGGUUGACAAAGCCCUGGGGCUGAAUUCCCACCUCAAGCUGUCCCUGUCCCCCAGAUAGUGGGGGGUUUCCUCCUCCACACAGAGGGCAGGACAGAGGGCUUGCGGAGGGAUGAGGAGCUUCUGCUCAGCGGCGUCUAGAUGUGUUCAUCCCAGCUCAAUGUCUGCAAAGAGAGGACUGGGGGCUCCUUUUGGCCAAGAGAUGAGCUGCCUGCUGGUGCAGCUCAUGCCCUGUGUAAUGUCUGGAGUGGAGCAGCUCGGCACCCCAGGGCAAGGCUGGACACAGAGCAGAGGAUGCUAGAAGGGACAGUGUGGGUGCAGGAGCCAGCUCAUCCCAGCCGCUCUUGGGCUGGGGGGACAAAUACACGGAGCUUCAAGGUCAUGCAAAAACACUGAGUCCAUUGAUAUUUUAAAAGAGGGGAUUAACAUGCCAGCAGCAUG